AUGGCGAGCUUCACAGUGUCUUCGCGCGUGGUGUGCGUGCUUCUGAUCGCGUGUCUGACAUUCCAGACGGCACAUGCAAGCUCCUCCGGCCGUGACCUCAAGGCCGUAAUUAUCAGGAGGGGAUACAACCCGUACGACCUGCGCAGGAACACCAUCGUGUGCCGCAACAACCGCCCCUGGGUGAAUGUCAACAACAACUGGGUCGAGGUUGCCUGGGCAAACGGGGGCUGGUACCCUCUGGGCGCCAUUUUCAACUCGAACCUGCUGGGCCGCGACAGCCGCGACUGCAGGCGCAUCGGGGGCGGCCGCAGGGGGUUCAACGGCGGCCCCUACAACGGCCGCGGCCCGUUCAACGGCGGGCCCGGAUUUGGGCAUUGA